GGGGGCGCCCAGAACACGUCGUGUGGGAAGAACGAAAACUACAUUUCCCAGAGUCCCGCUUUCGGUGACGCACUUCCGGAACCCACGGACAAGAUGGCUGCCCCCGGGGAGCACGAAGCUCCUCAGCCGGCAGCGGAGGAGGAGGAAAUUAAAACAUUUAAAGACUUGGGUGUAACAGAUGUAUUGUGUGAAGCUUGUGACCAGUUGGGAUGGGCAAAGCCCACCAAGAUCCAGAUCGAAGCUAUUCCUUUGGCCUUACAAGGUCGUGAUAUCAUUGGGCUGGCAGAAACCGGCUCUGGAAAAACAGGGGCUUUUGCUUUGCCCAUUCUGAAUGCGCUGCUGGAGACACCCCAGCGUUUAUUUGCCCUAGUUCUCACUCCCACUCGGGAGCUGGCUUUUCAGAUCUCAGAGCAGUUUGAAGCCCUGGGGUCCUCUAUUGGAGUGCAGUGUGCUGUGAUUGUGGGUGGAAUUGAUUCAAUGUCUCAAUCUCUGGCCCUGGCAAAAAAACCACAUGUAGUAAUAGCAACCCCGGGGCGACUAAUUGACCAUCUGGAAAAUACCAAAGGCUUCAACUUAAGAGCUCUCAAAUACUUGGUCAUGGAUGAAGCUGACCGAAUAUUGAACAUGGAUUUCGAGACAGAGGUUGACAAGAUCCUCAAAGUGAUUCCCCGAGAUCGGAAAACAUUUCUCUUCUCUGCUACCAUGACCAAGAAGGUGCAAAAGCUUCAACGAGCAGCUCUGAAGAAUCCUGUGAAAUGUGCUGUUUCCUCUAAAUACCAGACAGUGGAGAAAUUACAGCAAUACUAUCUUUUUAUUCCUUCUAAAUUCAAGGAUACCUACUUGGUCUAUAUUCUAAAUGAAUUGGCUGGAAACUCCUUUAUGAUAUUCUGUAGUACCUGUAACAAUACUCAGAGAACAGCUUUGCUACUCCGAAAUCUUGGAUUCACUGCUAUCCCCCUCCAUGGACAGAUGAGUCAGAGUAAGCGCCUGGGAUCCCUUAAUAAGUUUAAGGCAAAGGCUCGUUCCAUUCUUCUAGCAACCGACGUUGCAAGCCGAGGUUUGGACAUACCCCACGUGGAUGUAGUUGUCAACUUUGACAUUCCUACACAUUCCAAAAUUACUUUUGUCACACAGUAUGAUGUGGAGCUCUUCCAGCGCAUAGAACACUUAAUUGGGAAGAAACUGCCUGUCUUUCCAACACAGGAUGAUGAGGUUAUGAUGCUGACAGAACGUGUGACUGAAGCCCAAAGAUUUGCCCGAAUGGAGUUAAGGGAACAUGGAGAAAAGAAGAAGCGCACGCGAGAGGAUACUGGGGACAAUGAUGACACAGAGGGUGCUCUAGGUGUCAGGAACAAGGUGGCUGGAGGAAAAAUGAAGAAACGGAAAGGCCGUUAAUCGCUUUGACAAAGACUUGAAUUCUGCUCUCUUUUUUGUAAAAGAGAAUCAAAGAAGAGAAUGACAUCUCUACCCACAGAGUUCCUCAGACUGAAUGUGUCAGAGUUACGGCAGAAUGUGCUCAGCUAAUCAGUGCUCGUUCCCUGAGGCGUCCUGACUGCAGGAUCAUUUUUACAGUACUGUCACUUUUUGUCACUUCACACAGACUUUUUACCUUUUUUAGCUGCAAAUCAAGGACUAGGUUGAUGAAGCCCAUGACCUAUAAUUGUAAAGGAAAGAAGCGUGGACGUCUGAGAUACUUAAGCCAUCCCAGCUUAUGCCUCACUAGACCGAACGUGAAACAAUAAAUUUAAAUACUAUUUUUAAAA